AUGUAUACAACAAAUUCAUUCUGUGAUGUAGCUGCUCUUGGUUGGUGGGACUUAUUUAUUAAUUACGGCGUUGCAGAAUGCUUUGCCUUUCUUAUUUGCACAAAUUGGUUUAAUCCUGCAAUUCAUAGGCAUUCUCGUCUUAGAGCAACUGUUUCAUCUUCAAUGCCUAUUAGAUAUCUUGACUGGAAUAGUGGCUUAGUAGUGUCAUCAGAUGAAGAUCAUCAGCAUGGUAGAAUAUGCAGCUUGGCUGACAUUGGUGGGCACAUUAUGAAAAUUCCAAUACUCUGUUUUCAGAUCCUUCUUUUUAUGUAUUUAGAGGGAACACCACCUAGCGCUAGACACAUUCGAAUGCCAGUUCUAUUUUCUCCUCUUUUCUUGCUGCAGGGAGCUGGUGUUUUGUUUGCUAUAUGUAAAUUUGUGGAGAAAGUUAUUCUUUUAGUAAAUUCUGGAGCAGUUACAGGGAGUUAUUUUAGAAUACUAUCAAGAGCUUAUGAUCUUUUUGGAUUUAUGCACCAUGGAUCAAGAUUGCUGGGUUGGUGGUCAAUUGACGAAGGAAGUCGUGAGGAACAUGCCCGACUUUGUUAUGCUGGUGCUUCGGGGUCAGUAUUGCUGUAUUCUGCAGUGUCAUAA